CAUCUUCUCCUUCUGGAAUUCUCCUAAUUUUUCUUACACGCCAGAUGAGUGCAAGUACUGAAGUGAGAACUGAGAAAGGAGAAGAUCAUAAAGGCUAGAAGUCUCUUAAACAGAGACUUCCACAAGCGAAAUCCGGUUGCUUUGAUAGAUCUCUGGAUUGGUCAAAAAUGGAUAAUAAUAAUUGGAACGAUGAUGAAUCGGGGGCAUAUAACUUGUCCCCAAUUAAUGAAAUCAAUCCAAGUCAAGAUUCUAAGUUGCAGCAAGAAAAUACAGAUCUAGGGCCUCUUCAAGAUCUUAAUCCGCAGCAAGAAACAACAGAACCAGAAUUGUUGCCUCCUCACUGAUGAAAUGAUCAAGGAAUUCUUAGAAUGCCAACCAUGCAAUGCAACUGUGCCUGCAGCUGCAGCUGAAUUUUAUAGGAAACUAGAGGAAAACGAAGGGAUCAGUCUUGAUUUCAAAGACUUCACAGACUUGCACAAGAAGCAGGGGUACAGAGCAGUUGGAAGGUACCAAAUCCCAUUGUCUUUAGUACCUACUGCUGAAAAAAUCACUGAGGUUUAUGGUGAUGUUUGUGCAACAAGCACAAUUAGCCGAAACUUUGCUGAAAAUAUCUAUACUCUGUUCUGUGCAACGAUCAAAGAAAUGGAUGAACUACUGCUAGAGGAAGUCACAGAGGAAACCAUGUUGAAGUGGAGAACUGCAAUAAAGGAUGCUUUAUGUAUCAAGUUUAAAGUGGAAUUUGCCAUGGAGCAUCUGAAGAAAACUAUAGUUGGUCGAUACUUUGGUAUGAAACCAUACAAAGAAGCUGAGAAAAUAGAUGAUGAAAUCUCAAAAGCAGAGGCUAGAUUGAAUGGGUUAAAGGAGUGCAAGAAGUUCAGAGACAUUGCAAAAGAUUUUAAUGGUAAGCCACUUAGUGAAGGUCUAUGGGGUUAUUCUGUCUUUGAAAAGGUGUAAUUUGCUUUCUAUUUCCACUUUCAUCACUCUUCUUGCACAAGUGACGCUGUUGUAUCUGUUUCUUCUUUUGUAUUUCCAUUUGUAUCUGGGAGUUUUUUUUGUAUUUCUUGCAUGAUCGUCUAUGUAGAGCAGCACCUCGUUCUUGUAUUUUGGAGUUUCACUUUGCAUACCUUGGGUGAUUGUCUUAGAUAGACCAAUAGUUCUUUACUCCAUUAAUGAAACUAAACGACAAUG